CAUUUUGGGGAAACUGGUUUAAUGCAAGAGGACAGAGUAAGGCCAAUAAAAGGCGCAUGUAACCGUCAGGCGGCUGAGGUAGGUUCAGUCAUUCCUGUAUACCAACACCAUGCGUACCCAGAUCGCCAUUGCACUUCUUGGUCUUUUGGCCUUUACCGACGCUGCGCCGCUGGAUUGCGAAGAACUCGUGAAACCGAUUGCCUAUCAUGACGACUAUACUUCAAUUAUGGGAAAGUGGAUCUUUACUCAGGGAUUUUCAGAUGGCCAGCUGUUCACAACCAUUUUGGAAAAGGUGAACAGUUCGUGGAUGGCGUUUGAACCCUCACCGGUACCUGACACUUUUCCCCUCAGCCAAGGAAACAUGAUAGGUGGACUGUGUGAAUUUACAUCUACCAACACCACCGUCAUAAAUGGCACAUUUUUGGCAAGCGAGAAAAAUGUGACAUCAACAGGCAUUUUUCUGCCAUCUUGUUCCGACUGUCUCACCAUGUCUUUCAAAAGUGAUGCAGCGGGACAAACAAUCAACUCGCUUUAUUUGUUCGUGAGAGAGGGUAAAGAUGCAACAUUCGACACAUUUCAAAAGCAAGCAGAAUGUCUUGGAUACAAAGGAGCGCCUUCAUUCACCUAUAAUGGUGUCACAGAGCUUUGCAAGAUAAAGGACAGCACAUCUGAUUCUAAGUCAAGCGAAGGUCAACAUCAUCAUUAAAAUGCUGUAAAUGACAGAGGGGUGAAGUAGUUUACUGUGGUAUUUACUUAGGAAGCUCUGUUACUGUAAAGAGUAACCACUGUUGUUGAGGUUUUGAACAUUUGCUAAUAAAGUGAAAUUAAUACCUCUA